AUGUUCACACCAGCGGUGCGCAAGACGGCCCAGCGGCAGAAUUCAUCCUCAUCCAUUGCAUCUACGGCAUCUUCAACAUCGACUAUUUCCGCGACACCACCACAGACCAACGGCGCUGUACAACCACCCGCAGAUCCGGGUAAUUGGGCGACGAGGAAGAAACCGACACGAGGACUGUGGCCGCCGGGAAAGGCGGAGCCAGCGACAGGAAUAUCGACAGCGAGACCACAAGCUGUGAGCUCGGCCGCAUCAGGUGCGACAGCUUCAUCGGCGAUAUCAGCACUACAGGCACCUCUGCUCCCGUCGCAGCAGAUGGCGAAUGGAAAUGGACAGACAAAUGGAGUGCUGCGCGGUGAGGUACAGUCUAUGCCGCCGGCAAUUCUGCACCUCUUACCGAUGAAUGGCACCUUUGAGCGGAAGACGAUCAACGUGCCGUACGUUCCGGACGUCCUUCGCAUUGGCCGACAGACCAACCAGAAGACGGUACCCACACCGCUGAACGGAUACUUCGACUCGAAAGUGCUUUCACGUCAACACGCCGAGAUCUACGCGGAUCGCAAUGGCCGGGUGUUCAUACGGGAUGUCAAGUCGAGCAACGGUACCUUUGUCAACGGCAUGCGAUUGAGUCCCGAGAAUAAAGAGUCGGAGCCACGAGAAUUGCGCGAGCAGGACGUACUGGAGCUGGGUAUCGACAUUGUUUCGGAAGACCAAAAGACGGUCGUGCACCACAAAGUUGCCGCAAAGGUGGAGCACGCUGGAAUUUAUGGACAAGGGACCGAUGCUUUGAGUUUUGGCGAUCUCGAUCCUAGCGCUGGUCCGGGCUUGAUGGGUCCGCAUCAGCUUCAACUUAAGAGGAGUAAUAGUUCAGGAUCGAUGGCUGGACGUGGAGGGAUGAAUCAGACGGCGAUGAACAUGGGCGGGAUGAGCCAGCCUCAACAUAUGCGGAAUUGGCUGAAUCCGAUCACGACGGAGCACAUUGUGAAGAAGCUGAAUAUCGAACCGCCUCCGCCGGAGAAGAAGCAGAGUUCGGACAAGUCCAGGUCAUCUUCCGCCAGGUCGAAACUUGAUCUCAAGACGCACUUUUCAGAGCCUCCAGCGCCUCCACCACAAGCACCUUUACCAGAGAAGCCCGAUGUCGCCAGAGCUCUGGCCGAUCCACUUAUUCAACCUUUACUACGCCGAACCGAUACCGCACGACCACAAUCAGGCAACGUUUCUCCCACACGAAUCGACCACUCCGGCGACAUAUUACGACUCUGCGAGGAACUGAAAUUGGCAAAAGGCGAGCUCAGCAACCAGAGCGAGCGAAUGAAGGCGCUAGAGAACGAACUUGCCCAAGAACGCACAGCGCGAGAAAGCGCAGAGUCGCGAGCCCAGCAAUUGCAAGAAAGUGAGACCGAGCGAGCCGACUCUCCGACCAACGGCGGCCACCCUAGCGCCGAGAGCAGUCCAGAUGCAAAAGACAAGUCCCAGGCUCCAGACCUCGAAGCCCAGAUGGAUCGUCUACGCGCGUCAAUGGACGAAAUGAAACAACAAAUGGAAUCCUACCGCCAACGCGCCGAGUCCGCCGAAGCCGAACGCGACGAGGCCCGGCAAUCCCUCGCGGAAAUGGUCGAGCAGAAACGCAAAGAAAUUGCCGAACGGUCUAGCAGCACAAAUCUGCGAGCGCAAUCCAAGGGUCGACGCUCACGCUCGAAACCACCACCACAAGUCGAUGGCGCCGCUGAGCUGAAUGGUCAUCUGGCAGAGCCUUUGCCGACCAGCAGACCGACAUCAGGAGCGCUGCUUCAACGCGCAGCGUUUUUGGCGCAGGAGGUGUUGACGCCUGGGUCCAAGGACGCGAGCGCGUUGAGUCGAGAUGGGGCGCUGCUUUAUUUUGGCUCGCCUUAUGCUAGUUUUGCGGCGGUGGUGGUUGUGGGGUAUUUGGCUAUGACUUAUAUCAACAGUUGGCCGAAGUUGGAGAGAUGAGAAAGGG